AUGUCGAAUCAGCAGACAGCCCAUUCCAAAGGCAUUUUCCAUGGCCUGCCUAUCUUCCCUUCCUCAAUAAAGGUCUCACAGCAAUCACAACCGGUUCCAAUGGUAUAUCUAGAAACUACACGUUGCGAGUCCUCGCAGAAGUCCCGGAGCGGUGGAAAAAGAUUCACUGCCUAUCUUGGCGCCUACCUGCUAUUCUGGAAGGAUUAUACUAUAGGUCGAAUACAUCUUGGUGAUAAAUUGCAAGACAUGGAUAUGGAUCAAAUCUUUGGAUUCACGGAUGGUAGUUUGAUGGGUGCUUCGCUGGAUCUCACGAUGAACAAGGCACGGAAGAUGGGCUGGCAUGGAUUCGUUGAUUCCAACGACGCCCUUAUCAAAGUGCUUGGAGACUUUGCAAAGCUGAAGCUGCUGCCACCGCUGUUGCAGUAG